AGGCCUUGACGAAAUAGAUAGUGACACGCGGACAAAUUUCCCACUCAAAAUUAAGGUAACAUUUUUCUAAUUCUAAAUUUUUUUUUUUUGUAAUCAAUGCAUGUUUACUGAAUAAAGACGUCUCCACAUUUACUUAUUGAACUCCGUUUGAUUCCCAGCGCAUGCGUUUACCGUCUGCGAGACGCGUUAUUCACAUACCGCGAGAAAUACACACGUAAUAGUCAUCUCGCGUCUGUGAGAGCGCGUGUUGACGAGAUUGGACGAGUGGAGUGAACGUUCUACACAUCUAUCCAGGAGUUCCGCUACGCUACUGUCGUUUCAGUGACUGUCAGGCCGUCAAGAGCAUACCGGAGGGCCCGAAGAAAUUCACCCGCGCGAGUUGGUCAAUCAGAUGCUGGAUAUUACUUAAUCCGAAUUGAGAAGCCCACGUCCCCCCACCCCUGAAAACUCUCGGCAAAUUCCGGGGACAAAAUGUGAGAAUUUACAAGAGGAUAGUAAUUAUAAAAAACGAGGCAAUCAAGUGGAUAAAUAAUUCUGGCAAUGUCAGAGAAAUGGGCGAGGUCCCGCGGAUUCGCAUUGACCGCAGGUGCCUGAAGCAACUCAAGGAUCAGGCCAGUACCAUUGAACGUCUAUUCGGCGUACGUCUAUCAUUAUCUUGCGAUAAUGAUAAUGACAUUAUACUGAGAGAUAACGAACCACCGGAUAAUGAUAGUGCCACAUGGAAUGAAAAUCAAGUGCUCGUACCACUCGAGUUAUCCACUACACUUUCCGGUUAUUUUAUCGGUGCCGACGUGGGAGGAGACAGUGGUGGGGAUAAGGAGCACAAUACAUCAUUGCCGGAUGAAGCGAGAUACAAUGUACCAUCUCUAUCACCUGACGUCGUCGCCAGGGUUCAGAGAUAUGUUGAUUGCACUGUCCUGGGACGUGGGAGUGCGGGAACCGGUACAGAAGCCGAGGAUUCGUCCUAUGACAGCGAUUACGAGGCGGAGGAUUCGAUCGGCUCGACAGUUGUCCACUCGCAAUUGGAGUCACAGGUAUCAUCAUCCACGCAUUCGGACGUGUCCAGGACGACAUCCGACACCCUGGCUGCGGAGUUUGCUGAGUACGUUACGGUACGAGGAGUCUCACCCACGCAGACUCCAGGCUACACCGCUCGUGUGGAGUUCGCUCUGAAGCUGGGAUACACCGAGCGCCUCGUCCAGGUGGCUCUCCACAAACUGGGUCCUGAUCCGGGACAAAACGAGCUUCUAGCUGAACUAAUUCGCCUCGGUGCGAGCUCAGCUCGCUUCACAGACAGUCCAGAGGACCCGGACUACCUCACCGAAGUGGAAGCUCCUCCAGAAGAGGCUCGCCGACCAUCAGAAUCCCCCGGUGGUCUUCGGCCAGUUGUCAUAGACGGCAGUAACGUGGCGAUGAGCCACGGUAACAAAGAAAUAUUCUCUUGUCGUGGCAUUCAAAUCUGCGUCGACUGGUUUCGCUCCAGGGGCCACAAGGAGAUAACAGUUUUCGUGCCGAAAUGGCGAAAAGAGGCAUCACGACCGGACAAUCCAAUUGCCGAUCAGGAGAUACUCGGUGAAUUGGAAAGAGACAGACUUCUCGUCUUCACACCGUCGCGACUUGUCGGUGGUAAACGAAUGGUGUGUUACGACGACAGAUACAUUCUACGACUAGCUGCUGAGCUCGAUGGAAUAGUCGUAAGCAACGAUAACUACAGAGAUCUGGCACAGGAAAGCCCGGAAUUUCGUAAAGUCGUUGAGGAGAGAAUUCUCAUGUACAGUUUUGUCAACGAUCGUUUCAUGCCACCGGACGAUCCUCUUGGCCGAAGUGGCCCAACUCUGGAUAAUUUUCUGAGGACAGGAGUGAGGAAGAACGAUCCUGCCCCACCCUGUCCCUACGCCAAGAAAUGCACAUAUGGAAAUAAAUGCAAAUUUCGUCAUCCUGAGAGGGGUCCACAUCCCCAGAAAUCAGUCACCGAGAGACUCGUCGAGCACGCACAGAGGCAUCUGCAAGCCAGGGGACCGAGUUUGAGUCUUCCACUGUCGUCAUCGAGCUCGAAUGUUCACACCGGUCAUCAGCCUCUCUGCAGAGCUAGAUCUGCUGUUCCUCCGUCCAUUAAAUCAUCCACAUCCGUCCCCAAGAGUAGAUCCGUUGAGAAUGUCACGGAUUCUGUGGCGGCAUCGGUGUAUGUCCAACAGUUGCCUGUGACAAGUGUUCAGGGGUAUUCGGGGGCUGUGGGAUUGCCAGCACCGAGGGUCAAUAAUCCUGAGCCAGAGCCGGCUAAUAUGCAUAGGAAGCUGCAGCGACAGUUGACGCUUAAUCCAGCCUGUGAUCCGAGAUUGUAUCAGUUGAGGAGAUAUCAUCAGCAGCCUCAGCAUCCUGGGAUACCUGCGGGGAGGAAUAUGCAGCACAGGCCGUUGGUCAGGCACGCCAGUAACGAGUCUUACGGGCUUUCAAUGAAUUGGGAUCCAUCGGAUCAUCACAAUCAUCAGCACGUGAUGCGCAUUGCCUCAGCCCCGGACUCCUCCCGAGGCUGGCCUCCCCGAGGUGCAGGUCUGGCAUUGCCACCAAGAAGUCAACGUCUAGGAACCUCAGAGCCUCAACUAAAUCUCGUUCCAUCGCCUUCGCUACCUAGUCUCCAUCCCCCCUGGACAGCCUCGCAAACGCAGGACGCUAGACGUCGUCUCCACUACCACCUGGCCAACAUCUUCCCCGAGGAGCAGGUCCAGACAGCGAUGUCCCUCCACCCGCACGAGACAGAUCCGCAAAAAAUAUGCGCAGCAAUUCUCGCAAUGUUCCCUAAACCCUAGGGGCACCCAGUCUUCUCCAGCAAUUGCUGGUGUUCCACUUCCCCUGAGAUAUACCUCUUACGAAUUAGUUACAAUAUCAAUCGGACCAAACAUUAAGCAUCCGUCAGUCGCGGUGAACCAAUAGAAAAUUAUUUAACUGAUUGAAAUAAUGGGCCAGCUUAUCACGACUAUCAAUACUAUUUCUACCGAUAAUUAUCGAUUAUUACUGCAUCAAUAAUUGUAAUGGUUUAAUUAUUAUUUCACUGCGAUUAAACACGGGCCUAAAUGUGAUAAUGACGUUAAGGUAUUAAUGGUAAGAAAGCAACAGAAUCUAUGUUUUUUGUAACCAUUUAGAUCCAUUGGAUCUCAUGGACUCACGCUCUCUGUGAGAGCACUUUUUACCCUUCCACAUUUUGUUUUUCUUUUUCUAAGGAAUCUUCAGUAAUCCUAGAGCCGGUUUAAAAUAUACUAUUUAAACGUAGAAUCUUUUUUAUUGUUGAAGGAUCGUUAUGCAUUAGAAGUUUAUUGAUUAUGGACGGAAUGAAAAAAACAUUAUGUAUCACGAAAAUAAUGUCCGUAUCAUUUAUAACAGAAGUCAAAUUUUGCCUCUGGUAUUUUUAACCGGAAAAAAUUGUUUUUCGUGAUAUGUGAUCGCUUUUUUCUCGCAGUUUGUCGAGCGCAAGUUAACUCAGAAGAACGUUACACCUACUUAUGCAUGAACAAGGUCAGUUAUAUAGCCUCAUGUACUUGAUGGUCACGUGAAUGUAUGGGUACUUAGAAAAAAUCUCAUCGAGCUAAUUUCGUUGACUAGCAUUUCGCGAUUGAGAAUAAUUAUUUCCAUAAUGGAACUGAUAAUCAACAAACUCUACUCUCAUUUUUUUUUUCUGUUCGACUGGUGUCAGAUGAGGGCAUUAUCACGUUUGUGCGAAAAAUCGAGGGUGGAAACCGAACGGCGUAAUGAUGGGACUCACAUUGAGUCUUACUCAAGCGGUCAGUUUUCACUUAUUCUCAUAUAGACUGCAAUACUAUGUAUUGUAUGAUACAACAUUGUAAUUAGGUUGAGAGGCUUCCCGAUGUUACGUAUUAGAGAGCUAUCAGUGUUUCCAUCUUGUAGAGGGCACAGUAAUAAUUAAAAUUGGUGAUUAUAUUCAGAAAUAAAAUUUUAUCGCCGUUGACGGACGAUAAUUGUUGGCUCUGCAUCUCGCACAGAUACACCAAUGAUACCCACAACAGAAAUAUCAUAUUAUUACGUUAAUAUGUAUGAAAAUAUUAUAUUAUAUAUAAGAAAUUUGUAUCAAUGUUAUUGCCUAUGAAAUGUGAAAUAAAUGUUUUCUUUUCCAAUCUUCUAUGAAA